UUACGAUGUGAUUAACGAAAUACAAAACAAACGCACAAUUGCAUAAUUUAAUUCUAAAUUGAUUAUAACUUUGCAACAAGUACAAAUUAUUUCUGAUCUCUCUCUCUCUUUAAAAGCACGUUGUAUAUGCCGCGCGCUGAGAAAUCAAUAUGGUGGUCUGUUCUUUCCGGCAUUCCAAGGACAGCGUCACUUCCCCUUCUUACAUGACACAUUCGCACAAGUGCACUCGAGUAUGGAGUGAUAUUAAAUGUCCAUACACGUAAGAACAUAGUGUGUCGAUUGGACAACUGCAUGAGUUAAAUGUAUUGAUCUCCAUCGCUCUUCACGACCGAUUUUGUUUUUUUUUUUACGACGCCAGUCGAGUUGGGAGAACUUUAAUUGAGUGACCGCAUAGCGUUUAUUGCUCGAAGAUGUACACACGAAGCAGGCAAAGCCAAAACUACGGCAACGGACGGAAUUCGAAUAAUUCCCAAGGCCAAGGAUCAUACUCAAUGCCUUAUAAUACACAAGGAAGUUAUCCAGCGUCGCAAUCUACAUCAAAUCAACAAAGCAAUUAUAAACAAGACAACGUACAAAACUCACAAGGAUUCAAAUCACAGCAGCAACAACAACAACAACAACCAGCGCAAAUGUCAGCAGCUGCUUCUCCACGGUCUUUGCCAACCAUAGCACCUACGCAACAAAUGAAACAACUUCAGAAACCCCAACAACAGCUACAGCAACAACAAGGACAGCAAAAGUUGCAGCAAUUGCAACAGCAACAACUGCAGCAGCAGAUAUUACAGAUGCAGCAGCAACAGCAGCAGCAGCAGCAACAACAACAACAACAACAACAACAACCAUCAUCAUCACCGCAACAAAUGAUACAACAACAAGUACAACAGCAAUCACAACAGCAGCAGGCACCAUUGCCACAACGAUUAAAGCCAAUCUUAAAGCAGAGUACAACUGUUGCACAAACUGUUCCUGUAACCUCUCAGCCUUCCAUGUCUCCUACAAUACCUGCUCCAAGCUCUACUAAUAAUAAUUCUGAUGUUAUGGAUGACAGUGUAAAGCUCGAAAAUACAGAUGUUGAAAUGCAGGAUGCCCAACCGAGAUGGCGAAGGAAGGUACCUGGAUUUAAAGUAAAUAAAAAAUUAAAGCGUCUUCGUAUGAAUCAACGUCUAAGAAAAACUUUACAACCCAAAAAUGCAAUCAUGGUAUUAAACGAAAUGAAAGCUGGAGUCCAAUUCACGUUUCCUGAAACACAAGGACCUAUGCCAAACUCACUUUAUCUUGUUCAUGCUGAGCUUGAUGGUAAAACUUAUGUUGGACAAGGACUAUCUAAACCACUUGCUCGUCAAAAUGCAGCUGAAAAUGCAUUGAAAGCUUUAUUACUUGAAAAAAUGACAGCAGCAUCAAUGAAAGCGCGCAUAGAUGCUGAAUCUGAUGGACAAACUAAUUCAUCUUCGGAUGGAAUGAAGGAAGAAAAUAAUGACGAUAACAAUACUAUGGACACGAGUACUGAAGACGAAAUUCCAUGGAGUUCACUGGCCAGUUUUGCACUUUAUAAACUUUUCCUUGAAUGGCACAAUCAGGGAACAUCAGUUCCAGUUCCACGACCUGGUUUACCAACUACUAAAGGAACCAAGAAAGAUAGUCCUAAUGCUAUCAAAACUCCGACUCAAAAAGAACUUCCGCCUAAUCCUACGACCAUACAUCCAGUUAUGUUAUUGAAUCAAAUGAGACCUGGACUAACAUAUGUUGAACUUAGCCGUGUCGGUAAUCCACCAAAUACAAUGUUUACUCUGGCCGUUGAAAUUGGCGGAGUUGAAUAUUCAGGAACAGCUAAAAACAAGAAAGAUGCAAAGAAGGCGGCAGCUAAAGCAGCAUUAUUAGCAUUAUACAACUUAACUUAUCCUGAAGAUGUCAACAAACAGGAUUUAAUGGCAAUUGGUUAAGAUAAACAAUAUGUUCAAUACAAAUUUUUAAAAAUAUGACAUUGUUUUUUUUUAUUAAUCUUUAUCCACAAAGUAUUAAUAAUUAUUUUUUAAUGAUUGGUGAUACUUGCUUAUAUAGGCAUAUUGAUAAUCUUGAAUUUUUCACAAAAUUCUUUUGCAAUUUAUCUUUAUGCUCAUGAUAUGCAAUGAAUAUAUACACAUAACAAAAAUUAUGUAUUUUUUUAUUAUAUAUUAAAAUAUAGAUGCACUAAUCAAUUCACAAAUCAAA